AAGGUCACCGAUUAGCAACCAAUAUAAACAAGAUGGCUGAUGCUGAACAGAAGGAAAACGCGGAUUCUUUAAUAGCUGAUAUACAGAAGAGAAUAACAGAUGCAUUUGAAAUUUUUGACAAUGAAAGCAAUCAAACAGUUGAUGUCAGAGAAAUAAGUACCAUCAUUAGAUCUUUAGGUUGUGUUCCAAGUGAAGCAGAAUUACAAGACAUUUUGGCAGAGAUAGAAGAGGAGGAACCUACAGGAUACAUACGAUUUGAAAAGUUUUUACCAAUGAUGACAAAAACAUUAAUGGAAAGAAAAUAUAAACCACAACCUGAAGAUAUGAUAUUAAAAGCAUUCCAUGUGUUAGAUCAGGAGGGAAAAGGCUUUCUGUUGGCAGAAGAGCUUACGAAAUACAUGAUGGAAGAAGGUGAACCCUUCACGCAAGAAGAAAUGGAUGAGAUGUUAUCAGCCGCUGUUGAUCCAGAUAAAGGGACAGUACUCUAUAAAGACUAUGCUUCACAAAUGACCAUUGAUGAACUGUGAUAUUUAUUUUCUUAGUUACGUUUUUUUAAUAAAAUUGUAUGUUUUA